AUGACCAGGGUUACUCUGGCCGAACGAUCAAUGGGUGGCGAUGGCCCAAUAAGGACGGGUUUUGUGGUCUCGACGAUCGACUUCCCACCCAUUGAGAUCGUCAGCCAGGAGUACUUGAUCAAGUGGAAAAGAAGCGUGAUGAGUCGGUGGGGACACCGCGGCCUGGCGACGUCAAUGGUUUCGGUGCGGUCUACUGCUGCGCGAUCGCGGCGAGUUCAAGGUAGACGACAACCGGCCGAACAAGCGUCGUCGGGGCUCAUCUACAAGCGCCUCGUCCGAUUGACGAUGAUCGCUUGGUGUGGCCGACUCUCGCUGCGAUCAGCGAGUGACAGCAAAAGG